ACGUCAUACUCUUCGCGCCUCUUCCCCCGCCUUCUGGGUGGCUAAAGUCCGGUGGCAGGAGGCGUAAAGCGGUGCUUUUUCCGAGGCUGUCUGGCGGUUUUUUGGGGGGGAGCCCCCGUGGCUUAAAAAACCGAGGGAAUCUGGAUAGGGGCCGCCACUCCUAGCCCUCCUUCCUCCGAGUUUGCGACUCCGCGGUCCAAGAUGGACAAAGUCUGUGCUAUUUUUGGAGGCUCCCGGGGCAUUGGGAGGGCAGUGGCCCAGUUAAUGGCUCAGAAAGGCUACCGACUGGCCAUCAUCGCCAGAAAUCUGGAACUGGCCAAAGCCGCCGCCGGUGACCUCGGCGGAGAUCAUUUGGCAUUUAGCUGUGAUGUUGCCAAAGAAUGUGAUGUUCAAAAUACAUUUGAAAAGAUGGAGAAAAAUUUAGGUCGAGUUAAUUUCUUGGUAAAUGCAGCUGGAAUUAACAGGGAUAGCCUUUUAGUAAGAACAAAAACUGAAGAUAUGGUAUCCCAGCUUCAUACUAACCUCUUGGGUUCCAUGCUGACUUGUAAAGCUGCCUUGAAGACUAUGAUUCAACAACAGAGAGGGUCUAUUGUUAAUGUAGGAAGUAUUACUGGUUUAAAAGGCAAUUCUGGCCAGUCUGUGUACAGCGCCAGUAAAGGAGGAUUAGUUGGGUUUUCACGUGCUCUUGCUAAAGAAGUAGCAAGAAAGAAAAUUAGAGUGAAUGUGGUCGCACCAGGAUUUGUUCAUACAGAUAUGACGAAAGACCUGAAAGAAGAACAUUUAAAGAAAAUUAUCCCUCUUGGGAGGUUUGGAGAACCUAUUGAUGUGGCACAUGCGGUUGUGUUUCUUUUAGAAUCACCAUAUGUUACAGGGCAUGUUCUGGUAGUGGAUGGGGGAUUACAACUCACGAUAUAAUUUACAGAUUAUUCAGUUAAAAUAGUGAUUAUAAUCAAAGGCACACUUGGGCUGUUGAUUUAUUUGUAUUUGGGCUGUUGAUACCUACAUGGGUGACAUUUGCUAAUCAAACUUAUUGAUGCUACAAAUACUAUUUCCAUUUUUAUAUGAAUAUGUCUAAAAAGAACAGUGUGUGACCAGUUGUGUUUUCUAAAUGCUAAGAACCUUAUAGGCUGUAGCGAUCUUAACAUAUAGACAUUUGCAAGUGCUAUAAGCAGACAUUUUAAUUUACAUAUUUUGUUGCAAAAGUGGCAAAAAUUUUAUGGUCUAAUGGUCAUGAAUUACUUCAUUGUAUCAGGCAAAAUUCUCUAGAAGUUAACCUUGUGAGCCAUUGCUAAGAUAAGAGUAUUUAUAGGGCAUUGGUUAGUUGUCAGUAUUUUAGCAGUCCUGCCAAAGUUAAACAUUGUAUUCCUUUUACAUAUGCCUUAGAAGAUCAAUUUUUAUACAGGUUGAAAAAAAAACAUCAGUUAGAUACAGGCAUAAAUUUAGAAUCCAAUUUUUUUGAGUGCAUUACUCCUGAUUAAGCAGCUGGGCAAAAUAAUUUACAAAUACAAGUGUGGUACAGUUGAUCCAUCCUAUAGAAUUUCUCGAAGUGAUGUGUAAUAAUAACCUUUAAGGUUUUAAUAUCUCGUAUAGUAAUGAGCUACAUAGAUAUUAUCAACUUAGGAAAUAGAAGUAGUUUUUUUGUGUGUGUUUUUUUAUCCUCAAAACACUAAUUUUAGCAAACUACUUAAAAACAGUGUAAGAAAUUAUGACAUUUUAAAAAUUCAGAAUAUUUUGUAUGAGUGAAUGUAAUAAUUUUUAUUAUAAAAUUUUAGAAAUAAUUACUUAUGAAUAGCAUAAAUGAUACUUUAAGUAAAUAUGCAGUAACAGUGAAUAAGAUGUCUUUAUAAGGAACAGUUAAAGCAUUAAUUUUAAAAGAAAAUAUUUGCCCGAGAAUGGAAGACACAAACUGAAAUAUCAGGCAACAUCUAUUUUCCAUUGAACUCUUUUCUGGGGAAUAGUGUGAUAUUUUAAAUGUCACUGGAUUCAUGUUGAUUUUUAUUAUUUAUCAUUUUGAAAUAUGGUUUAAAUAUUUACUGCACUUUAAAAAGUAAGUUUUGUUGGAGCUGAACAUUAUUUUAUGUAAACAGAUUUUAUUUUAUAUUGCAAGUCAGUGCAAAGGUGUGAAUUGGAUGUACUAAAUAAAUGCAAUGUGAUAAAAGUAAUAAAAAUAAAAAAUAAAAAGUAAUAAAGUCAGAUCUAAUUUCUA